UUGUGAAUUGAGAUAGUUCCUCCAUUUUGCUUUUCUUUAAUUGAUAUUGGUUCACAUCCAAGCUAAUGUAACCCAUCUCAUAACAGAUUUAUAAUUUCGUGUAUAAUAUAAUCUCCAAAUCACUAAUUAUGACCUCACAUUUUAGGAUAAUGUUUUUUUUUUAAAUGCUUAUGGUCAAGAAAGAAGAUAACGAUUCAAGCCACACGAAACAGAAGAAGACAAUGGCCUCUCUCUUCACACCAUCACCAACCACCACUAGUAGUAGUGGAGACACCAUCUAUGUAGCGGCGGUGCCGCUUAAAGCCGCGGCCGGUCCGCCGCAACUUAUUAUGUCAAUGGCUUACUCACUUAAUAUCUCAAAUUUACAACAUUUCAUGGUCCUCAUCAAACCUUCUUCUCCAAUCCGUCAAGAGGUUCUUGUGUUUGAUUUUCAGCCACGUAACCCUGAAAGCAUAGAAGCAGCAAUCUCACUUUUGUCAGGAAAUUUGAUUCCAGGUUCUGAUUCUCAGACAUCGAAUGUAAUCUGUGAUUCAGACAACUUUUCUCUGAUUUUCAACGAACCUUUUUGAUCAUGCAAAUGUAGUCAAGAUUCUGAUCAAAGAAAAUUAUUUGUUUGGUUACAGGUGUAGUUUUGCAAAGAAGGUUGAAGAAUGUUCCAAGACAAAGAUGUUGGAUGGUUGGACCAUCUAAAGGGAAUGAUGCUAUGGAAAUGGCAAUGGAGUUUAAUAAGUCAUGGGAGACUGAUUUGAGAGUUGGAUUUCAUGAUUGCCGACAUUAUACCAAUGGUUUAGUGUUAUACAAGCUUUAAUUUAAUCAAGAAGACUUUGGUUUUUAUUUGUUUCUAAGUGUUUUUGGUUUUUAAUCUUUUGGAAUACAGAACUUGUCCAACAUCUUACCGGAGAAAUGCAAAUUGUGGAGCGACUUCCAAGAAGCUAAUGCUAUAGAUGAAACAAAUGGUCAUUUAUCUUAUCUACUAAGAUUUUAGACCCGACAAUUAUGAUGUGAUAAUUAGUAGUUGAAGAUAAAUUGAAUAUUAGUAUUGUUUAUUAGUAAGAGUGGUUAGUUUUUCUAUAUUUACAACUUUUGUCUUACAUUAUUCAAAUUUAUUGUUGUAAGUAAAGUAACUAAUAAAAAGGUUAAGCCAAAACAAAA